UCUAAUAUAAAUAAAAUAAAAAUAUUCCCUUCAACACAAGUAGAGUGUAAAGUGAAGCCAAGUCAAGAUAUUUCUUUCCACACUGUGUUGUCCAUUCAACAUUUCUCAUUAAACUCAUUAUCAUCCCUUCACCAUUCACAUAGAUCCAUACCAUGGAUCAUUCUAGAUUCCAGCAACAAUGUUGCACUUUCAUUAUCAUCAUUAUUACUAUUUUCGUUGCAGGACUCGCAACAAAAACUGAAUCUAUCGGUAUAAACUACGGCCAAAUAGCAAACAACCUCCCUUCACCGGAAAACGUAGUCUCACUCAUAAAAUGCGUCGGAGCAACCAAAGUGAAACUCUACGACGCAGAUCCAAAGGUUCUAAAAGCCUUCGCCAACACCGGAAUCGAGUUCAUGGUAGGUUUAGGUAACGAAUACCUCUCCAAAAUGAAAGAUCCAAACAAAGCCCAAACCUGGAUCAAAACCAAUCUUCUCCCUUAUCUUCCCUCCACCAAAAUCACCUCCAUUUUCGUCGGUAACGAAGUUCUAACCUUCAACGAUUCCUCACUCACUUCAUGUCUUCUCCCAGCAAUGCAGAGCGUUCACACCGCACUCGUGAAUCUCGGUCUCCAGAAACAAAUCACCGUCACAACAACUCAUUCCUUAGCUGUUCUUCAAACUUCUUAUCCUCCUUCUUCCGGAACGUUCCGUCCUGACCUAGCUCCAUGCCUAGCUCCGAUCCUGAGCUUCCAUGACAAAACCGGAUCUCCGUUUUUGAUAAACGCGUAUCCUUACUUUGCUUAUAAGGAUAACCCGAAGCAGAUUCCGUUGGACUACGUUUUGUUUCAACCGAAUCAAGGAAUGGUGGAUCCGUCUACGAAUCUACACUACGAUAACAUGCUGUUCGCUCAGAUCGACGCUGUUUACUCAGCGCUAGGGAAGUUAGGUUACGGGAAGCUUCCGGUGCACAUCUCCGAAACCGGUUGGCCGUCGAAAGGAGAUGAAGAUGAAGCCGGUGCGACGGUGGAGAAUGCGAGGAAGUAUAACGGAAAUGUGAUGAAGUUGAGUAGUAAGAAAGGGACGCCAUUGAAACCUGAAUCUGAUUUGAAUAUUUACGUUUUUGCCCUUUUUAAUGAGAAUAUGAAACCUGGACCGACUUCAGAGAGGAAUUAUGGAUUGUUUAAGCCGGAUGGUAGUCCUGCUUAUAACCUUGGGUUUUCUUUGUCUUCUGCAUCGUCUUCUACUUCGAGUCCUCCUUCAAACGACGCCGUUAAGAAUGGUACUAGUGGAUCUGGUGCGCCGCCGCAGCCGCCGACGUCCUCCAACGGUUAUUUGGCCAUUUCCUCCGCUACUUCACUGGAGAGAUACCAUUUGAUGUUGCUUUCUUCAUCCUUUCUGCUGCCAUUGUUGAUGAUUUUGAAGUUUUGAGGGUUUUUUCAUUGCUAAUGAAUCCAAAGAAGACCAUCAUGGCAAUUGAAAAAAAGAAGAGUAAAGGCAAGCAGAGAAAGGAUUAAAGGGAGAAUACAUUAUCUUCUCUUUGGAGUGUUGCUUGCCGGUUUAGGAAGGAAAGGAAGCCUUGUGUCUCACCCUGCCAGUUUAUUUAAUUAUUUAUGUAUCCCAUUUUAUUGGUUCUCAUUUUGAGAUAUAUUCUUUCAUAAUAAUAAUGUGCUACGCUCGUUCAUAUUUGUAGUGUUAAA